AUGGGGCUACAUCCCAAUAGUCCUCUCCGUAGUUCAUUGACCAGACGGCCUCCCAAAAUAGUUUGGGCGUUAAUGAAGAAAGUUGAAGAAUAUUGUAAAGUGGAAGACGAUGCCCUGCGGGUCAAGGCCGGACGUAAAGUUGAUAAAUCAACUCCGUCUGGUCCAGUUCAGCCGGUAAGUGUUGUGCCAUCAAGGAGCCCUGAACCUCGAACUUGGGCUAAACAAGACAAAAUGCGUGAUUCGCGUUGUUCAAGCAAUCAGUGUUCGCACCGAUCAAACGAAAAAUAUCAAGUGGAUAACAGGCGCACAAGACGUUCAGACAAUAAGUACACAAAAUUGGCAGAGCUGAUCGAUAAGAUCUUAUCCAAAGUCCAACAUCAUCUGUUCUUUAAAUGGUCGUCCAAAAUGAUGUGGCCUUUUGAUACAAUGAGAAGGGAUAAGCGAUGCGAAUAUCACAAGGACCAUGGCCACGAUACCGACAACUGUUAUGCAUUGAAGGAUCAACUGGAAGAGUUGGUACAAGACAGCCGGCUGGCGCAAUACGUUCGGAAGAAUAAUCCAUCAAACACGGUAGCCCUACAGCCGAAUUCACCACCACUCGGCAUAAUUCACAUGAUAUACAGCCUACCAUUGUCGGUUGAGGUACAUACAGUUCAGUCGCAACCUAGCGUGCCCAAACCAAUCACACCAACUAAACGGCCCUAUGAAACUAGGAGGAUUAGCUUUGAUGACAUCGAUUUAGCUGGAGUAACUCUCCCCCACACCGAUCCCCUCGUCGUCGAGCUACGAAUGAACAAAUUCACAGUUCAGCGCAUCCUCAUCGAUCAAAGAAGCACUUCAGAAAUAAUGUAUUACAAGACGUUUGUUAAACUCGACUUCACUGAUUCGGAUUUGUUGCCAGCCGAUUAUCCAUUGUUCGACUUCAACGCCAACCCUGAGUAUCCCUUGGGUAAGAUCACACUACUAGUACAGGCAAGUGCCAGAUCGGUGGAUGUAGAAUUUCUAGUCGUUAAGCUCCCGUCACCAUACAAUCUCAUCAUGGGAAUAACUUGGUUACAUACCAUGCAGGCUAUGCCGAGCACCUACCAUCAGCUACUUCGUUUUCCAACUGAGUAUGGCAUCGAAAAAAUUCGGGGUUCUCAGAAAUCAGCACAGGCAUGCUAUCUUAUUGUUGUUACAAAGGAGCCAAAGGAACUGGAAGUAAACUCAGUUGAAGUAUCGGAUCGAGAGAGCCUCGAAGAUAUUGGGAAAAUCCCCAGCGAAAAGGCCAUUGAAGACCUUGAUCGGAUCGAAAUCAAUGGGAGUCUUGACAAAUUCUUCAUGAUUGGCACCUCCUUGAGCAAAGUUGAUAGACGUGAGCUGGUAUCCUUCUUAUUCAACAACCUUGAUGUGUUUCCAUGGACACUGUACGAGAUGCCGGGGGUGGAUCCAGUUGUGGCCCAGUAUCGUUUAAACGUUGAUCCAAAAGUCAAACCAAUCAUUCAAAAAAGUUGA